CCAGGCGGAGCGCGCGAUCCUGUACUGCACGGAGCACCCUCGUGCCCCGCCAACUCGGUCGUCCUCGUGGAACACGCACCACCCGCGCCGCCCACCGUUUGACAAGAUGUCGGUGAAGGAGGGCGCGCAGCGCAAGUGGGCGGCGCUGAAGGAGAAGCUGGGGCCGCAGGACUCGGACCCCACAGAGGCCAACCUGGAGAGUGCUGAGCCCGAGCUGUGCAUCCGGCUGCUGCAGAUGCCCUCCGUGGUCAACUACUCAGGGCUGCGCAAGCGGCUGGAGAGCAGCGAUGGGGGCUGGAUGGUGCAGUUCCUGGAGCAGAGCGGCCUGGACCUGCUGCUCGAGGCCCUGGCGCGGUUGUCGGGCCGCGGGGUGUCGCGCAUUGCUGACGCUCUGCUGCAGCUGACCUGCGUGAGCUGCGUGCGCGCCGUCCUGAACUCGCAGCCAGGCAUCGGGUACAUCCUCAGCAACCAGGGCUACGUGCGCCAGCUCUCCCUGGCGCUGGACACAUCCAACGUGAUGGUCAAGAAGCAGGUGUUUGAGCUACUGGCCGCCCUGUGCAUCUAUUCACCUGAGGGCCACACGCUGACACUGGAUGCCCUGGACCACUACAAGACGGUGUGCAGCCAGCAGUACCGCUUCAGUGUCAUCAUGAACGAGCUGUCUGACAGCGACAACGUGCCCUAUGUCGUCACCCUGCUUAGCGUGAUCAAUGCCAUUAUCCUGGGCCCCGAGGACCUCCGAAUCCGUACCCAGCUGCGGUGCGAGUUCAUUGGAUUGCAGCUGCUAGACAUUCUGACCCGGUUCAGGGACCUGGAGGACGCUGACCUGCUGAUCCAGCUGGAGGCCUUUGAAGAGGCCAAGGCAGAGGAUGAGGAGGAGCUGCUGCGCAUGUAUGAUGGCAUCAACAUGAACAGCCACCAGGAGGUCUUCGCCUCACUCUUCCACAAGGUGAGCUGCUCCCCAGCGUCGGCCCAGUUAUUGUCCGUGCUACAGGGCCUCUUGCACCUGGAGCCCUCCGGCCGCACCGGCCAGCUGCUCUGGGAAGCCCUGGAGAGCCUGGUGAACCGGGCUGUGCUCCUGGCCAGCGAUGUAGCCCAGGAAUGCACCCUGGAGGAGGUGGUCGAGCGGCUGCUGGCUGGCAAAGGGCGCCCCCGUCGGGGCCCCCUGGACCAGGCCCACAAAAGUGUCCAGGCCGACCUUGACGAGAGCCAGAAGGACAAGCCCCCCCACAGCAUUACUGCCCCUGUGACUGGCAUGGGUGCCCCACAGCAAGCAGUGGCUCCUGUCUGCCAGCAGAUGGCCAGUGCCUGGAGCUCCAGCAUGACAGCCACACAGCCCCCAGCGCCCCUGCAGAGGGCGCCCAGCCCACCCGCUCCCGCACCCCCACUCCCAGGUCCUACCACCCAGCCCCCCCUACAGCCCCUACCAGGCCUGGGGGCUAUGCCUCCCUCUCUUCUACCCCCACCUCCUCCCCCUCCUCCUCCCCUGCCCAGCCUAGGUGCUAAAUCUCCCCCAGUACCCCCACCUGCACCCCCUCUACCGGGCUUUGGUGGUGCCCUGCCUCCACCCCCUCCCCCUCCCCUGCCCAGCCUGGGAGGCUCAUUCUCUACACCCCCACCUGCACCCCCUCUGCCGGGCUUUGGCGGUGCCCUGCCUCCACCCCCUCCCCCUCCACUCCCAGUCACAGGGUGCCCUCCACCUCCCCCACUGCCCAGCACCAUGGGACUCCCCAUGGCAGCUGGCAUGGAGGAGAUCAUUGUGGUACAGGUGGACCACGGCCUGGGCUCCACCUGGGUCCCCAGCCACCGCCGGGUAAACCCCCCAACGCUGCGGAUGAAGAAGCUCAACUGGCAGAAACUGCCAUCCCACGUGGCCCGAGAGCACAACUCCAUGUGGGCCACACUGAGCAGCCCAGGCUCUGAGCAGGUGGAGCCCGACUUUGGCAGCAUCGAGCGGCUCUUCUCCUUCCCCACCGUCAAACCCAAGGAGCUCACAGCUGCCCCGGCCAGGAAGGAGCCCAAGGAGGUCACAUUUCUGGACGCUAAGAAGAGCCUGAAUCUCAACAUCUUCCUGAAGCAGUUUAAAUGCUCCAACGAGGAGGUCACUGCCAUGAUCCGGGCUGGGAACACAGCAAAGUUUGAUGUGGAGGUUCUCAAACAGCUCCUGAGGCUCCUUCCAGAGAACCAUGAGAUCGAGAACCUUCGGGCAUUCACAGAGGAGCGGGCCAAGUUGGCCAGUGCUGACCAGUUUUACGUUCUCCUGCUGGACAUUCCCUGCUACCAGCUCCGGAUCGAGUGCAUGCAGCUGUACGAGGGCACAGCCGUCGUGCUGGACAUGGUGCGGCCCAAGGCGCAGCUGGUUCUCAGCGCCUGUGAGAGCCUGCUUCGCAGCCACCGGCUGCCUAUCUUCUGCCAUCUGAUCCUAAAGAUCGGGAACUUCCUCAACUAUGGCAGCCACACAGGGGAUGCUGAUGGCUUCAAGAUCAGUACCCUGUUGAAGCUGACAGAGACCAAGUCUCAGCAGAAUCGCGUGACGCUACUGCACCAUGUGCUGGAGGAAGUGGAAAAGAGCUACCCAGACCUCCUGCAGCUCCCUAGGGACCUGGAGCAGCCAUCCCAAGCGGCAGGGAUCAAUGUGGAGAUCAUCCGCUCAGAGGCCAGUGCCAACCUGAAGAAGCUGCUGGAUGCGGAGCGGAAGGUGUCCGCCUCCACCUCUGAGGUGCAGGAACAGUAUAAGGACCGCCUGCAGGCCAGCAUCGAAGCCUCCCAAGAGCUAGACGCAGUCUUUGACACCAUUGAGCAGAGGAGGCUGGAGCUAGCUGACUACCUGUGUGAAGACCCCCAGCAACUGUCCCUGGAGGACACGUUCAGCACCAUGAAGACCUUCCGGGACCUUUUCACAUGUUCUCUGAAGGAGAACAAGGACAGGAAGGAGCACGUGGCCAAGGCCGAGAGGAGGAAAAGGCAGCUGGCAGAGGAGGCGGCACAGAGGCCACAGGGCAAGGACGGGAAGCCUGGGAGGAAGGCGCCAGGGAGGCAGGAGGAGGUAUGUGUGAUUGAUGCCCUGCUGGCGGACAUCAGAAAGGGCUUCCAGCUGCGCAAGACAGCCCGCGGCCGAGGGGAAGCUGAAGGGAGUGGCAAGCUGACCCCAGCAGAACCUCUCGGGACCCGGGAGCCUGCAGCUGCCAGUGACCCCACGCAAGGCCCCGAAGGUGGCACAGGCAGCCCUGCCCUGGAGCAGGACCUUCAUGCCGCAGUGGUCAGUGAGCCGCAGGGCUGGGACUUUGUGGACACUGUGAUCCCCCACCCACUGCCCCAUGACGAGGGGAGUGGCCCACUGCCCCUGGAGCGGCGCUCCUCCUGGUAUGUCGACGCCAGUGAUUUCCUGGAUACCGAGGAUGCUCUAAACGCCUGCCCCUCCAAGGAGCCCUGGCCGGUGGCCUUGGGGGACUCCCACAUCCUGAAGCCUCUGCAGUUCUCCAGUGAAGUGUCCCCAGGGCCACAGAGUCCAGGACUCCAGGAUAGCGAGGGCUGUGAAGCUCCCCAGGGUGUCCACCAGGCUGAGGCUGACAGCACAAGCCAAGGACUGGAGGACACAGGCCCAGGUGGGGAUGAGGACAAGGAAGACACAGCCCCGGAGUCUGCACUGGAUACGUCCCUGGACAAGUCCUUCUCCGAGGAUGCAGUGACGGACUCCUCUGGGUCUGGCACCCUCCCCAGGGCCCGGGCCCAGGCCUUGAAGGGUUCAAGUAAGCGGAGGAAGAAGCGCCCUACCAGGAGCCAAGAGGAGGUUGCCCCUGAGUCUGAUGAUAAUAAAACAAAAAGGCUGUGUGCAAUCCAGUGAGGCCUCAGGCCCAAGCCCAAAACUAAGUGAGGAGUGCACGGCCCUGGCACUGCCGUGGCCCUGGAUGUGCUUCUAGGAGGCUCCUCUGACCAGGCUGGGACUGGGCCCCGAGGAGCCGAACUCCGUGCCUUACUGAGGGCCUCAGUCGGCUGGUGAUGUCACAGCCAGGGCUGCACAGACUCCAGUGCCCGGGGCUGGCACCUCCUGCACCGCCCGCACACACAGCUCAUGCCCUGCUUGGAGACCCAGUGUUGGUCUUGCCCCUGUCUGUGCACCCCAUCAUACCCCCUGGGUACCUCAUGCUUAGGAGACAUCACCUACUCCUGCCUCCGUCAGCUCAGCUGGGCGGUUUUGUGUGGAUGCACUGCUGACUGACUUUGGCUAAGUUGCACAAGCUGGCCUCCAACUUGGGAUCAUCCUGCCUCAGCCUCCCACCUGGCUGGAGUUAUAGGCACAUGCCACCCCACUCGGCCCUCAGCUGCAUUUUGAUUGGAAGGUGGUUCUCUUGAGUCUGUACUGUCCAGAGGCAGUUGUGUUGGGGGCAGUGCAGCACCUCCAAGACCAGGCAGAGGCAGCCUGGCAGGCAGUGCCAUGGGGGGUGUGCCCAGCCCAUCAUGGUGACCGGAGGCUGUGCUGAGACUGCAUAUCAAGGGACCACCUCAUCAGCACCCUCCCAGGACCAGCUGCCCAGGGCCCAGGUAGGGCACUGAGGCCAGAAGUAGAGGGACUUAGGCCAAUAAAGAGCAAGCCUGGCCCA